AUGUCGACCAUGCCACCUGAUCUCGAUGAAUUGUCGCACGCAGACGAGGCAGAAUGGGAAGUCGAGACGCUUCCCGACAACGACGUCGACGAAGCGGCUGCGUCCGGAAAGGCUGACCCAGCCACCGGCCCCGUGGCAGCAUCAUCCCAGACUCGAGCACUCGAAGAUCAAAACCGAAUGUCGCAAGCGGCGAAAGCCAUCGAGGUCGCUGAUGCCCUCGAUCGCGUCUCGCCUCCCGAGUCGCUACAUGACCGCCAGCCGGCAUAUAUGUCUUCUUCGGCGCUUCGAUCGCCUGCUCGGACGGCGAAUGCUACGGAAGAGACGCCCCUGCUGGAUGCUGGGCCCGCGCAGCCGCCUCCUGACUACGCUGCGGCUACCGCGGGACGGAGAGCUAUGUUUGCGGAGGAGGCGAUACAAGCUUUUGGUAGCAGCAGGCGUGGUGACUACGGCGACAUUGUGCUCUUUGAGACCCCGAACUGGACCAAGAUGAGAACCAACGUCCUCUCCCUCCUCACUGCUCUUGCGGCCCUCGGCGCCUGCUCGCCCGUCGACACGCUCGAAGCCAGCCUCGAGAGCAGAGCCACCGCGCUCUACACCAUCCACGCCUACUCCGGCAAGACGUGCGGCGGGAAACCCACGACCAUCAGCAACACCACCACCGCCUCUUGCCAACAGCUCAAGGCGCCCGCGUCGUCCGUCAAGAUUGUGCACCUCGCCUCCACCUGCUCCAUCCAGCUGUACCAGAGCCUGCAGGGGUGCGAGACGGAUUUCACGGAGGUCAGACCCGUUCUCUUCCUGCGCCCCGGCGAUCCAACCAAUUGCACCCAGCCAUACACGAGUUUGAUGGCCUAUAAGACGAUUUGCGAUGUGACAUCGUAG